AGUAUGAGUAUAAAGUUUGUUUACCAACAUCACGUGGGAGACAGAGGCUAGUCAGUCCGUCCUGGCCCCCUUACCCCAGGACGCUAAAGCAGGGAGUGAAAAACAAACAAACACCCAAGCAACAGCGGAAGGUAGAAGCAUUCCAUCCAGUAAUAAAACACACAAAAAACAUUAAAGUGAACUUCAGAUAAUGGAAAAUGAAGCAGUUUGCACUCCGAAUGUCAAAAAUAGCUGGAGUAACAUCAACUACGAAUUUGUUCAAGAAAUUGUUAAGCAAGCAGGAAGCCUACCUCUGGACACCACCUGCACUGCCCAGGAACUGUUUUUGUCAGCUGUGCAAAAGACAGGAAAUGCAGCAAAGCAGAUUGCAGUAGGUGAGAAGGUCCAGUGCCAGAAAUGCAACACUCCAUGGAUUGCCGGUUAUUUCACAACUCGCCUGCACAGUUCCCCUCGACAGGCAAAGAAGAAAAAGAAGAAAAAAAACAGUGAACAGGAAAAUAGAUUACUUUCUGCAAAUAAAAAGAGAAAAAAUAUUUUGGUGAUGAAGUGCCUCGUGUGUAAGGAUAAACUUAAUGAUUCGUAUAAGAUACCCAACAAGCGUGUUAUGCUAAUUGAAACAAGAAAAAUGGAUAUAGAAACACCAAAGAAGAAGAAAAAAAAGAAGAGAAAGAAGGAGGUAAAUGCAGGUUUGCGUCUCCCAGCCGUAAAGGACGAAGAAUCGGAAUGCUUUGAUGACGGGGCAGAUUUCCAUAGCUCUGAUGCUAUGGAAAUAGGAAAUGGAGACAAUACAAAAAAUCAAGCCUCAGAAACAGCGAGUUUGAUGACCAUUGAUACACCAGAUGAAAUAAAUGAUUUAAAAAGUGAGACUGACAGACAGACAGAAGUACCAGAGGACAGUUUGUCUAAAAGGAUUUCAGAUAGCCUCGCUAGCCUUAAAACAACUUUGCCAAAAUCAAAUGAAUCAAAUACCAAUACAUUUGAUACGCAAAAACAAAACAGUAAAGCAGAGAAAGCAAAUAAAAUUAAUAAAACCUCAAUAAUAAAACCACCAGAAGCUGUUCUUACUCAUGUGAAGAACCAGCCCCCCAAGAAUCUUCCAGUGAAAACAGUGAACUUACAAGUUAACCCUGUGAUGCUAAAACAAAAAAAGGUCCAAAGAAAAUUAGAUGGCCUGAAGAAUGCAGUAGUGAAAGACCAAAUGAAGAAGGGCAACAGCCUUGGUAAUUUCUUGAAUAGUUUGUUUUAGAUCUAUCGGAAAUUUUCGUACAGUGAUUUACUUUGAUUUCAGUGAUUUAAUUUGAUACACAGAUGUAAAGUCACAAGUACACUCGUACUCAUCCAGACAUUUUGCAAUCAGUGGAAUACUCUUCAUGGAUUUUGCAACAGAUUAUCAGUCAUGGCACUUUAUCAUUAUGCAGAUGAUUUAUGGAUACCUAUGUUAGAAUUGGAAAAAUAUCCUGCUGUAUCACAAAAUACAAUUGAUAUGAAUGAAAUGAGUUUCUUUUUGUGCAUUGUUAUUACCUUUUUUAGCUCACCAACUGUGAUGUUUAUCUGCUACUUGAAAGGAUGGCAAAAAUACAUACCAUGUCCACUAUU